AUGAAGAAAUCCACUGGCAUAGCUGCCACCGGUGGUCAUCUUAGUGGGUGGCGCGAUGCAGAUAUCGAUCGCUCAUCGGAUGUUCCCAGCGGAACAGCACAUAUGCCCGCACGAAAGCUGCGCCCACGUCUCUCUGCAUCGUCGGUCGGUAGCCACGGCGCUUCAUCGACUAUGCCGCCGCCUGCACAGCCUGCUUCUCGUUUGCAGAGUAUUCAUGAUGAUGAGUGCUUAAGUGCACAUAGCAGCAGGCGCACCAAGUCGCGCGUGCUCGAUGAUCGUCUCUCUGCCAAGUCGGGCCGCACACGUGCAGGUAUGGAUCGUUCUGAUGCCGUGAGCCUGCACGCGCUCUCGUCCCAUUCGCGUGUGCUUUGGUCGAGCACUGCUUCCGCACGCACAGAGUCAGCCAGUGAUGCGCGGUCACGAGAUCGAAUUGCUCACUGGCGCGAGCAGCACGUCCAGGCAUUGGAGCAAGAUGCCCGGGCUGCCAAUAAGAAGAGUCGCAAGUCCAUGGACCAUAUACCCUCACAGCGAUACAAGCAGGGGCGAGAAGAGCCGUCAAUCAGCUCUGAAACGCCUCUGCGUUGCCUGCUUCGGUACCUCGCUCACGAGGACCUACAAGACUCCAUAUGGUGGCUGGGGCUCUUGUUAGCCUGUCUCCUUCGUGCGCUUGUCGGCCUCGGCGGAUGGAGCGGUCGCGGAAAACCGCCCAUGUACGGUGACUUUGAAGCGCAGCGGCAUUGGAUGGAGCUGACGUGGCACUUGCCGACCGGGCAGUGGUAUCGCCAUGACCUGCCGUACUGGGGCUUGGACUAUCCGCCUCUCACAGCCUGGACGAGCUGGCUGUGUGCAUGGGUGGCACUGUGGUUCGUGCCGCUUCAGGAGGCCUUUGCUUUGCUUACGUCGCGUGGCGAUGAGUCGAGCGCCGUCGUCGUGUUUAUGCGUCUGAGCGUCUUGGCCCUAGACGUACUUUUAUACCUGCCAUCGCUUGCUUGGUUUCUUUCUCGGCGGCUUGAGACUCGCAGUAUCCGUGUAAGACACAUUGCGCUAUUGACUGCGUGGUUCCAGCCAGCUCUGAUCCUCAUUGACCAUGGCCACUUUCAGUACAACAAUGUCAUGCUAGGCCUUGCCGCCCUCAGUUUUACUUUACUGCAGUCGAAAUUGCCGAACGUACAUGCCAGCAUAACGGGACCGGCUGUCGCUACCGCGGAACUACAGCGCCUCGUCCUUGACACCCUGAGUCGGCACAUUAGUUUGCAGUAUGUUCUCGCGGCCGUGUUCUUUUCCAUGAGCCUUUGCUUUAAGCAGAUGGCCUUGUAUUAUGCCCCGGCGGUCUUUGCUAUCAUGCUCGGUCGAUGUGCCGGCCUCAUGCAAUGCCACUGGCUGCGUGGCCUGGCUUUGUUUGCUGGUCUCGGCGGCGCCACACUAGGCACCUUUGCGCUGCUGUUUCUUCCUUGGCUGCCGCGCCGCGCCGAAUUGAAGCAGGUUGGACUUCGCAUCUUUCCCUUGGCACGCGGUCUAUUUGAAGACAAGGUCGCCAACAUAUGGUGCGCGUUGAGUGUGCUGCCUGUUGGACCGCGAUGGAAGCUACAGCGCAUGUUCGGCGUGGAGACACUGGCCAAGAUGAGUCUAUUGACCGUGCUUCUAGCCAUUCUCCCGUGCUGCAUCCUCUUGUUUAUGGCAUCGGUCGAAUCAGUGCGUCGCGAGCUGAUCAUGGAUGACGCACAGGCUGAGCAGGUCGUAGCCAAGGUUCGGCGUCGUGCUGGGUCUGUGGCCUCAGGUGUAUCGCAUCGCAUGACGCCUAGUGUCCGCGGAGAGAAUUACGCUCGCUCCGCACACGAUUCGAGCCGCGGCUCAGAUCGCCACUCGGUCGCAAGUGGCUCUCUGUUUGGCGGAAGCACUUCGACGCUCAUGCGAGAUGCUGGACCACACCGCACGCGACCACCGACGUCCAUAAAAUCAACAUCCUAUCGGACAUCGGUGACGCCCUCUCCGGCGGCAGACCUGCUCCCUUACACCCUCGUAUCGACAUCCAUGGCCUUUUUUCUCUUUGGCUUCCAGACGCACGAGAAGAGCAUUCUUCUCCCCCUGCUUCCUCUGACGCUGAUCAUGACCGCUAGGGGCGAUCGGACCGGUGCUGGUGCUGUAGCGGCGGAUUGGGAGUGGGCUGUUCUAGCGAACAAUGUCGGUAUGUUUAGCAUGUGGCCCCUCUUGUUGCGAGACGGCCAGGGACUUGCGUGGUGGGUCUUGCUUCUUCUAUGGAAUGGCAUGGUGGGAUACCGUCCAUGGGAGGCUUUACGCUCGACUCGCGCUACCUUUGUUGCAUGGCUCAGUGCGGCAGUGCAUGCAGGUAUGCUGCUCAUGAUGCUGGCCCAGGCAAGUGUUGCGGUGCUCCCGCCUCAUGCCUCUGGAUGGCUCUCGGCGCUGUUUCAGCGGUAUCCCGACCUCUUUCCUGUUCUGAAUGUACUGCUUUGCAUGCCUGUCUUUAUGCUUGUGUGGCUAUGGUCGCUUAAAAAGCAUGUCGAAAUCACGCUCGCAUCUGGCGUGUUGGUGGUCACGAAAUCCAUCAAGUAG